ACAACAUAUAACAACGUUCAAUGAAUAAUCAUUACGAAAAUAAAUGGACAGCAUUGACAGAAACAACAAAGCGUGAUCGAAAUGCUAGCGUUGCAUUGCAGGCUGUCGUGGAUUCAGGCCCAGGCCCAGCCAGAUCGGGAUACCGGCUCUAAUAGAGCCAGGCUAGCAGUAGGCUCGUGCUACAUAUAUAUACGGGCCGGCCAGGAGGACCGAUCGAGGGUUAGCAGCAUCGAUCGAUCUCAUCUGAUGGCGAUGGCGGCGGCGGCGCGUGACGAUCAAGAAGAAAAGCCGGCGGAGACGACCAUGGACGGGACGGUGGAUUUCUCGGGCAAGCCGGCGGUGCGCCGCAAGACGGGGGGCUGGCGUGCGUGCCCCUUCAUCCUGGGCAACGAGUGCUGCGAGCGGCUGGCCUACUACGGCAUGAGCUCCAACCUGGUCAACUACAUGGUCUCGGAGCUCCACCAGGGCAACGCCGCCGCCGCCGCCAACGUCAACAACUGGUCCGGCACCUGCUACGUCAUGCCGCUCGUCGGCGCCUUCCUCGCCGACGCCUACCUCGGCCGCUUCCGCACCAUCGCCGCCUUCAUGGCGCUCUACAUCGCCGGCCUCGCCCUCCUCACCGCCUCCGCCGCCGUCCCGGGCCUCAAGCCCCCCGGAUCCUGCGCCGGCUGCGAGCCCUCGCGGGGCCAGAACGCCGCCUUCUUCUCGGCGCUGUACCUGAUCGCCGUCGGCACGGGCGGGAUCAAGCCCUGCGUGUCCUCCUUCGGCGCCGACCAGUUCGACGACGCCGACCCGGGCGAGCUCCGCAGCAAGGGCUCCUUCUUCAACUGGUUCUACAUGUCCAUCAACGUCGGCGCGCUCGUGGCGUCCUCGGUGCUCGUCUGGGUCCAGACCAACGUCGGCUGGGGAUGGGGAUUCGGCAUCCCCGCCGCCGCCAUGGCCGUCGCCGUCCUCAGCUUCCUCUUGGGGAGCAGGCUCUACCGCUACCAGAAGCCCGGCGGCAGCCCGCUGCGGAGGAUGGGGGAGGUGGUCGUCUUGGCCUUGCAAAAAUCCCACCUCCCGCUCCCCGCCGACUACCUCCACGAGACGCCGCCAGGAGCGGACGGCAUCAGGAAGCUGGCGCACACGGAGCAGCUCCGGUGGCUGGACAGGGCGGCGGUGGUGACCCUGGAGAACCCGCGGAGGCUCUGCACGGUGACGCAGGUGGAGGAAACCAAGGCCAUGAUCCGGCUGCUCCCCGUCUGGGCGAGCGGCAUCGUCAUGGCGGCGGUGUACAGCCAGAUGAGCACCAUGUUCGUGCUCCAGGGAAACACCCUCGACCCGCGCAUGGGCUCCCGCUUCUCCAUCCCGGCGGCGUCGCUCUCCAUCUUCGACACCAUCAGCGUCAUCUUCUGGGCGAUCCUCUACGACCGCCUCAUCGUGCCCGUGGCGCGCCGCUUCACGGGACACCCGCGCGGCUUCACGCAGCUGCAGCGGAUGGGGAUCGGCCUCGUCAUCUCCGUCUUCUCCAUGAUCGCCGCCGGGGUGCUCGAGGUGGCCAGGCUCCGCGCCGCCGCAAGCCACGGGAUGCUCGACUCCAAGGACUUCCUGCCCGUCUCCAUCUUCUGGCAGGUGCCGCAGUACUUCAUCGUCGGUGCCGCCGAGGUGUUCGUCUUCGUCGGGCAGAUCGACUUCUUCUACGACCAGGCGCCGGACGCCAUGAGGAGCCUCGGGGCGGCGCUCUCGCUCACGUCGGCGGCGCUCGGGAACUACCUCAGCACGCUGCUCGUCGUCAUCGUCACGGCCGUCUCCACCAGGAACGGCGGGAUCGGCUGGAUUCCCGACAAUCUCAACAAGGGACACCUCGACUACUUCUUCUGGCUGCUGGCCGCGCUCAGCGUGCUCAACUUCGUCGUCUACCUCUGGAUCGCAAAGUGGUACAAGUACAAGGUCUACAAGACGGCCGAGCCUUCUUCGCAGAUCGAUACUGCUAGCACCGGUUGAUUAGCAUUUAGCAAGCACUCUUGUGUUGAUUCAUCAUCAUUCAUUCAUAGGCAACAAACUGUUUCUUCUUCAGCUGUUGAUUCUUUUUUUUGUAAGAAAAUCACUACUAGAAUUUUCGCAUCUCAAAGCUCCAGUCUUCAGUAGCUGUGUUUAAUCUUAAGCGAACCCGUAUGGGGCGAUCUGGACCAUCCAACGGCAACCAUUCUAAUCUGUACCAGUAAACCAGUCAGCGAUCAUGCACAAAAACUUGUCCAAAUACAGUGCGAUUUCAGGCCAGGCUAAUUUAGCCAACCAAAUAUAUUGGCACAUUAAUUUCGUUCAAUCAUUGAUGAUGCUGUUUUAUUUCAAUAUACUGAGCGCUUCAAAUAC